AUGAAUACCCUUCCCAGCGAUGAGGUGAGGGCUGCAAGUCAGGCUUCAAGUUCGAGCCCGCCCACCACCGGGCCACAAGAUUGUCCAACCUGUGUCAGAAGACGAAUUCGCUGCGACAGAUCACUCCCCAAAUGCAUCAAGUGCUCGAAGAAAGGAUUAGUCUGCCCUGGUUACGGCCCUCGAUUGAGAUGGGCCAAUGGUAUAGCCGUUCGUGGACACCUCAAAGGGCGAACCACGCCACACGUUGACAAACCGCCUCCUAAACCCAGCAGCGCGGCACCCAAGGACUCGACCUCUCCCAAGUCCACCAAAUCCCCCGAACAAAACAUCAGUGUUCGCCCUGCCCUGAUCGUGGAGCCUCUAGCAACCACUUUUCCCGGCUUUCCAGACCCGGCCACCAGAUCGCGACUACUGGAGCAUUAUGACAAACAGAUUGCAGGCUUGAUGGUGUGGAUAGACUCGGAAAGGAACGAAUACCGCCGGAUGGUCCUCCCCUUGGCUGACCAGCAACCCGUGCUCCUCCUUGCCAUCCUAGCCAUCUCUGCCCAGCAUCUGGCUGUUACCACGGGCAAGGAAUUGAGCUUUCCCGCUCGUGCCCGUGAUGCCGCAGUCACCUUGAUAUCAAAACAGAUUCAGCAGGUGACCGGCCAGUUGGCCGCAGGCUUUGACCUGGGCAGCCAGAUAGACCCAGAUACUGCAGUGUGGAUGCUGGCCUCAAUGCUCACUCUGGCUAACUAUGAAAUGACAGAGACCGAGACCGGUGCGGCCGCAGCUGACUCGCACCGUCAAGCUGCGCGGACGUUGGUGAACGCGCUCGCAACAACGAACCGGGAGAACAACGCUCUGUUUCACUUUCUCCGGAACCAGCUUUCCAUCUACGAUAUCUUGGCCUGCACCACCAUUUUCGGACCCUCGAGCACUGUAGAAGUCAUCCUUCCAGCGCCUGAUCAUUCCAAUUUGAUCUUUUCCGAAUUCCUGUCCCUCCUACACAAGGUGACAGUAUGGUCACGAGAACGACAUGAGAAGGAGUCUGCUGGAAACUUCAACCCUGCUGACCUCCCAAUAACCUCUACCGAUGCACGAGCGGGGUUUGAGCAGGCCCGAGGGUCGACUUUGAUGGCUGCCGGUCUCCUCGAACUGCCGCGAGACGCCAGACGUCGGGACUUUGUGCGCAUCGUCGACAUAUACCACCAUGCUGCCCUUCUUUACACUUACAGAGUUCUUUUCCUUUGCCAGGUGGAACCGCUCGAGGUCAGCGCCUCCACAAUGGUUUUGUUUGAAAGGUUGCAUCAGCUUGAAGACACACCGUCAUGCCUGCAAAAUCUCCCGUGGCCUGUGUUCAUUGCCGGCACCGAAUGCUGCGAUGAUCUGGAGCGCCAGGCAUUUGUAGCAAAAAUGUACACAGACAUCGCUCAAGAUAUGGGCUUCAAGUACUAUCUGGGCAUCCUCCGCUUUUUGCAAGAUCUGUGGUCCAACAAGGAAACCACUUGGACCGAGUUGGCGCGCCAUUACGAAGCAAGUGGAAAGAAAAUUGUUGCUGUUUGA